GCGGGCGGGUCUCGCGAACCAUCCUGCCAAGUUUUCAAAACAACCACUUUAUUUGAAAAAUCCACAGUGAAACGACAAAACAGUGCGUGCAAUUUGAAAACAUCAGCCAUUGCUCGUUGGCCCUUGUUGGUGUAACACGAAUGUGAUUGAAAGAUGUAGCAGUGUUGUGUUUGUUUGGAUAUUUGGAACAAGAUGAAGCUUUUUGUAGUACUUAAUAGGUUUUAUUUUAGUAGCUGUAGAUAUAAAGGCGGUACAAUUCCCAGCGAAUCCUAAUUCGGACGUAUCUGCAGAUGAAAAAAGUGUACAAAAAAUAAAUCUAACUAUAGACCAGUCUGAUGAAAGUGGUCAUGAAAACAACAGCGAAAACAGUGAAAAUGACGAAAGAGAUAAGAAAUUUUUAGAUUUUGCUAUGCGGACAGUAUUAGAUCCUAAUUCGGUUAUUCAAAAAAGCAGUGACGAUGUAGUAGAAAACUUUAAGCAACAAUUAGAAGAAUUAGAUCACGAUAAUAUGACACUGACUGCGUUCAUGGAAGAAAUGGAUAAUAUUAGUCUGGAAAUAUGUAAAACAUCACAACAAUCUCUUUGGUCCUACGUCACUGAUAUAAAUAAUGAAAUAAAAAAGAAUAAAAUGGUGAGGAUAGCUGCAGAAGAAGACGAAAUUAAGAAACAAUACUGGAAUAUCAUAAAGAAAAAAUACUUAGACAACGACUUGAUAGCAAAUGAUACAAAAUUGCAAAGGAAGUUAAGAAUUAUAAAGGAACGUGGAACAAAUGUGCAAAUGCCUCAAAGCAAGCAAAGAGAAGAAAUAGAUAUGAUGCAGCGAAUAUGGAGCCGCGUGACCGUCUGUGCGUACAAUAGUUCUUGUAACUCCGAAGAUGGCACGCGCACUAUGAGUGUUUAUCCAACAAAUACUUUUGGUUCGUUCUUUUAUCGGGCAACCAUGGAAGCAAAACAUAUCAUACAAGUCUUCAAAACCAGCAAUAAUUCAAAAGAGCUAGCAUUCUAUUGGAAAGCAUACAGAGAUGCAACUGGGAAAAAGAUAAGACCAAUUUUCAAGGACUACGUGACAAGAAUGAACAGAGUCGCUAAUUCAGAAAACUUCACCGAUGCUGGUGAAAUGUGGAGAUAUGCCUUUGAAGAUGAUCAUUUUAUGGACACGGUAGAAAGGAUUUGGCAUGAAAUUCAACCUUUCUAUAAUACACUUCACGAUUACGUAAGAAUCAAGUUGAAACAGUACUACAAAAGGGAUUUGUCGGACAACGAUAAUUAUAUUCCAGCUCAAUUAUUAGGUAACUUGUGGGCUCAAGAGUGGCAAGCCGUGUACCCGAAAGUAGCCGCCUUUCCUGACCGCAUCAGACCGCACAUUUCGUCCAAUGAGAGCUUGCAUGCCAGAGAUCUCUUCGAGGCAGUAGAUGCAUUCCAUCAAUCUAUUGGCUUUGAGAGUGCGCAAGAUUCUUACAAAGAUAUCAGAGAGACAAUGAUGACUGCCAAUUGUUUGCCUUCUAGUCACGAUAUGUGUGACGGUGUUCAUUAUAAAAUUAAAUGGUGUGGGGAGAAAGUGACCGAUAUAAUGAUCGGUCUAUCCAGAGCGGCUAGGUUGCUGGGUCACGUCCAGUAUUUCAAACACUAUCGACAUCUUCCUCCAUUAUACAGAGAUGGCCCUACUCCAGCAUUUCACGACGCAGUAUCAGACAUCGUAGCCAUUCAGCUGACGACCCCGGAUCACUUGAAAAAUCUGAACUUGAUCAAGGAGACUGGCUCUGAAGUGACACUUAACCACCUCCUCUGGAUAGCGCUGGAGAAGUUCCCUCUGAUGGCAUACGCAUACGUCUUGGACAAAUGGAGAUGGGACAUAUUUUCGAACAACUCGUUAGAGAAUUGGAACCAGCAUUGGUGGUACCUAAGAAAGAAAGAGACAGGAGUAUCGGCACCAGUACCAAGAAAUGAGAGCGAUUUAGACCCAGCAGCGAAGUAUCAUGUUGUAUCCCAUGUUCAGUACAUUACUUAUUUAAUAUCACACGUGCUGGAAUUCCAAAUUCUGUCGUCUCUUUGCAAGCAAGCCAACCACACGGGGCCUUUGCACGAAUGUUCCAUAUACGGAGUGAAGGAAGCGGGAAAACUGCUCAGUGACGGAAUGGCUCUUGGCGCAAGUGAAGACUGGAGGACAGUUCUUAAAACUAUGACAGGAGAAACUGAACUAUCCACCAAAGGAAUCCUGGAUUAUUUCUCAACACUACAAGAAUAUUUACAAGCAGAAAACGCGAAGUAUAUACGAGAAAAAGAAGACAUGGAUCAGAGCGCGCCUAUCAUUGUAGGAAUCAUUGUGGUCGCGUUGACACUCAUUAUAAUAGUCCUUUAUAUCGUAAAGAAACAAGAUUGGGGUGGUAAUAUAUUGUCUUUAUGUGGUUUGAGUAAAAAUGGUUCAUUGGAUAUAGUAACUAAUGAUAUAACGCCAAGUAAAACGACCGAAGUUACAGGCGUCACAGAAGAAAAAGUAUGAGAUAUCAAAACGAGUACAUGACUUUUGUAUCGUUGGCAUUACAUUAAAAAAAAACUAAUUGUAAGAAUUAUCAUCGUAAUAGUUAAAAUGUGAAAUCGUUGUAGGAUUAUGUGGUGAUAUGAUUCUGAUUUUUUGUGUCAAUAAUAUUUGUUAUCCUAACGAAUUCUUUUUUUAUAAUUAAGUAGGCAAUAACUGGUAUUCUUAGGACCGCAAAAUAUGAUGUAGGAAUGAUUGUAAAUAUUGUGUAUUUUGAAUGAACUGAUACAAUACAGAGAAUGAAUCUAGUGAAGUAGGUAUGAAAAUACAUGUACCUAAUACUAAGUACCUUUAUAUAAGCUAUGUUCAAUUAAAUAAAUAUUACGAUAAAGACAAUAUUACAAUAUCAAAUACAAAAAUACUUCUA